AUGUCGGCGGCGACCACCUCUCUUGGGCUGAGUCUGACGUGGCCCACACUACCUAAUCUACCCUUCAUCAAUAACUCUCUACAACCUCCCAGAAAGCUACAUUUCCUGCUUGUCCCAGUCGUCGUGUUGAGCGGCUACCACGUUUUCACCAACGUCGUCCGCCUACAGUUCUUAGCAAACAGAGAGAGGAGAGACGGCAAAGUCACCCAGGUAGCCAAGCAUCUACUUGAAAAAGCACCCAAGAUGCGCGAGAUAGACGCGCACUUCGACGCCUACGAGCACCUUGCCUACCUCCCUCGUGCAAAUGAGGCCCUCCACAGCCUUCGCAAGGCGGCCUCCAUAGUGAAGCCCAUCAUGCGCAUGCGUGGCUGGAAGGUCGGCACUCUCAGCGAAUUCUUCCCAGAGGAACCCGCCCUGAUGGGUCUGAACGUCAACCAAACACAGCGGAUAUUAUUGCGGCUUCGCCACCCGGGAGAUGCGAGCCAGUUCCUGCCCUUCGAGCAGGUGGUUGACACGCUACUCCACGAGCUCUCUCAUAUUGUCCGAGGUCCUCACGAUGCCAUCUUCCACAAGCUUUGGAAUGAGCUGCGCGACGAGUACCAGACGUUGGUUGCCAGGGGCUACACUGGAGAAGGCUUUCUGGGUGAUGGAAAGAAGCUCGGCGGCCGACGAGUCCCACUUGAGGAGAUGCAGCGUCAAGCUCGCGCCGCAGCAGAGAAACGUCGAACCCUCACCAAGGGCUCUGGCCAACGUCUAGGAGGAAGCUCCGUCCGGCCAGGGGAAGACAUGCGCAAGGUUAUUGCAGAUGCAGUCACUCGACGCAACCAAAUGGCCACAACGAACUGUGGUGCCGGAACGAAAGAGGGUGAUCGAGCAGCGGAGCAGGCGCGACGCAACGGAUUCCGGACGAAGGCCGAAGAGGACGACGCCAACAACGUAGCAAUCUCCAAAGCCCUGAGCGAGCUCAUGGAACAAAACGAAGAGAGAAAGCUCGAAGAGGCCGACUUCUACAGAGGACAUGGUUCGGAUGGGUUGAGCUGGGACCCCAAGAGCGGGCUCCAGCUGGAUGGGCCUGCAACACCGCGACAGCCAAAAUCAAUGUUUCCACCAGCGCAAAAGCGGUCUGCGCCUGCAACCGAGCUUGCCCAGCCUCGACCCGUUCGCAGCGGCCGUCCGGUAUCUCGUCUUGUAGCCGAGGAUGAUGCAAAAAGAAGCGGCGAGAGACCUUCCACUGCCUCAUCCAGGCCUUCGGCACCACAGUUCUCAGCCAGCGCGGAACCAAGUUCGACUAGCAGCGUCUGGCGCUGUCCAAGAUGCACGUUUGACAAUUCGACGUAUCUGCCAUCGUGCGAAGUGUGCGCAGCGGAAAGGCCUCCUCUCUCCGUCAAUAACGGACAGACUCGGUCAGCCAACGAUACGAGGCAAAGGAGUGGUAACGGAGCAGGGCCCUCCUCCGGAUCCGCACCCACACAAGCGAAUGCGGCGCAGCCGCUCGGCUGGGUAUGCGGCUUUUGUGGCACGUUCAUGGAAUCCAAAUGGUGGACCUGCUCGUUCUGCAACAGGAUGAAAACCUCGUCCUGA